GUUCACCACCUGUAGGAACACCUGCGGAGGGAGGGGCUGAGGAGGUAUAUAAAGGAGGAUGUGGACUGCAGGAGCACAUCACGUUGUUUUGAGAUUGUUUUGAGACGCACUGACACACAUGGAAGGUGAGGUUUGUUUCAGGGAUGCUCGUUCUUUGAUGCUUGAUGUGCUGUUUCUAAAAUCUCCUUUUUUCCUCCUUGCAGAUUUGCAUAUUCAAUAUGUUAACCUGGAACAAGCUGAAAACCAUGAGAGACACAGAACAGACGGCUUCAGCAGCACUGAGGCCCUGGUGGUCCGGAGAGGAGACCCGUUCAGGAUCAGCGUCCAGCUCAAGGGCCGACCCUUCAACCCCAGGAUGGAUUCUCUGAGGAUCAAAGUCACGCUUGGCCGGCUGUAUGUAACAAUGCCAGUCACCUUCUCCAGGAAGGCUCCUUCCUCUGGCUGGAAUGCCUUUAUGGACCCUAACGACCUGGACCUCCAGAACCCCUCCAUCUUCAUCUGCCCUCCUGCCUUCGCCUCAGUGGGCUGCUACAAAUUCCAGCUGUGUGUGUUCACACAGCAGGGCCAGAGGAGGUGUGCAGUGGGAGAUUUCAUCCUGCUCUGUAACCCCUGGUGUUCUGAGGAUGCAGUUUACAUUCCAUUUGAGGACCAGAGGGAAGAAUACAUCCUGAGGGAUUCUGGAUUGCUGUUCAUGGGAACCCCGGCGAACCUCGUGUCGAGACCGUGGUCCUUCGAUCAGUAUGAGCCUGUUGUUUUGGAGGCAUGUCUGGAUCUGCUUCAAGUCAGCCCACAGCACCAGAAGAGCAACAGAAUGGAUUACCUGAACCGGAGCAAUCCCGUUUACAUCAGCCGGGUCGUCUCAGCCAUGAUCAACAGCGAAGAUGAUCAUGGAGUAUUGAAAGGGAACUGGUCCAACGACUUCAAAGAAGGGGUCGAUCCCUCCAAGUGGACAGGAAGUGGGGACAUCCUGAGAAAGUGGGUGCAGUCUGGGAACAGCCCAGUCAAGUAUGGACAGUGCUGGGUGUUUGCAGCGGUCAUGUGCACAGUCAUGAGAAUCCUUGGCAUUCCUUGUCGCGUCGUCACAAACUUUAACUCCGCUCACGACACCAACGCCAACCUGGUUAUUGAAGAGUACUACACAGAAACAGGGCAGAAGCUGAACUACAGCAAAGACAGCAUUUGGAACUUUCAUGUCUGGGUUGAGUGCUGGAUGACUCGCAAGGAUCUGGGAUCAGAUAUGGAUGGCUGGCAGGUUCUUGACCCGACCCCCCAACAGAGGAGUAAUGGAGUGUUCUGCUGUGGCCCGGCUCCAGUCAAAGCAGUCAAGAGUCAGUGCAUCGACCGCAAGUACGACAUUCCUUUUGUCUACGCCGAGGUGAACGCUGAUGUUCACACCAUCAUCAUGGACCAGGGUCAGGUGGUCGGCUUCAGCAAAGACACAGAGAGAGUCGGGUCCCUGAUCUGCACCAAAGCUAUUGGCUUCCCAAGACUGCACAACAUCACAGGAGACUACAAAUACAUCAAAAGUGAUUCAUCUACAAUUUCAUCAAGGAGCUCCACCAUCUCAAACAGCUCCACACUAAGCAGAGCCUCAUCCGCAGGGGUGGAAGUCUUCCUGUUCCUGGAUAAAUCUCCAGUCGUUGGAGAGCCGAUUCGCUUCAUGGUGAAAAUUAAAAACCGGCAGAAGGUGACCAAGAGGUUGAAAGUGCACCUGAAUGCUCAGGCCAAAGAGUACAACCGCAGCCCCUCUGACACCUUCUGGGAAAACCACGGCAUUAUGCAGCUAGCACCCAUGGAAGUCAAAGUGCUGCAGCAGCAGAUCCUUCCAUCCCAGUAUGAGAAGGUGGUGGGAGACAAUCUAAUCAACCUGGCGGUUGUCCUGGAGGACAUGGCAACUCAUGAGCACUUCCUCAGCUCAGAGGAGUUCAACAUCACUGGACCAAGGAUCAUCAUCCAGGUUGUAGGCGAAGACUCGGUUGUGGUGAACAAAGCUCAAACUGCUGUUGUGACUUUCAUCAACCCGUUCUCUCACCCAGUCAGUGGAUUGCUGACGGUAGCUGGGGCUGGAUUAAUACAUGGAGAGACUCAGUUCAGGAUGGGCUCGCUACAUCCAGGUGGAAAAGUCUCACAGCGCAUCACAUUCACCCCCAGCAGGGUCGGAGCGAGGAUGCUGCACGCCAGUCUGUCGCUCUCCAACGUCAGCUUCACAAUCCGAGGCUUUAGGAUGAUCUACGCCAACAGUGUUUAGCUCCAACCUAUCAAUAUAUUUAUUUAUUUGCAUAUUUAUUUUUUCCAUUUAUUUGUCUGCUAAUUGUAAAUAACAUUCAUAACGAAAUAUCUGCACUAAUAUUUAAAAAUUUAAAAGUCUUAAGAUUUUCUGAGAUUUGUCUUUUUUUAAAUGUAUUUAUUUAAAAAUAAAACAAAAGAUGUGA